AUUUCUGCUUAUGCAGGAGAAAGUGAACACAACACUCUCUGGAGCUCAUCACAACACAAGCAGGACUGUUUCUCUACUUCAGAUACAAUAAUAAUACACAUCAGUAAUAAAGAGACACAUUGUGACACUGUUUGACAAAGUUUGGACAUCUGCAGCAACCAGUCAGAUCCCAACCACUGGCAUGUUUGCAAUUCGCAGUUUCAAUCUUCUGUGCAGAAGAUCAACAGUGUCAACAUGGAGAAAUACAAGUCAGAGUGCUGGGAAAAGGCUGGAUAUAAGUGGGAUUUAUCCUCCCAUCGCCACUCCAUUUACCCCGAGUGAAGAUGUGGACUAUCAGAGACUUGAAGACAAUCUUAAGAAGUACAGCAACUUACCUUUCAGAGGUCUUGUAGUGCAGGGCUCUAAUGGGGAAUAUCCAUACCUGACCGCGGAGGAGAGGGUGGAGGUGGUGAAGAGGGUCAGACAGGCCCUGCCAGAGCACCAGCUGGUCAUGGCUGGAUCUGGCUGUGAAUCCACCAGAGGCACGAUCCUCAUGAGCCAGAGGAUGGCUGAGGCCGGGGCCGACUGCUUGCUAGUGGUGACGCCUUGUUUUUACCGAGGUCGAAUGGACAGCCGAGCGCUUAUAAACCACUACACCAAGGUGGCAGAUUCCAGUUCAGUGCCGGUCGUGUUGUACAGUGUUCCAGCAAACACUGGUCUGGACCUUCCCGUGGACGCGAUCAUACAGCUCUCACAGCACCCCAAUAUCGUCGGCCUCAAAGACAGUGGUGGUGAUAUCACCAGAAUAGCUGUGAUCGUGCAGAAGACCAGACCUCAGGGUUUCCAGGUGCUUGCAGGAUCAGCGGGUUUCCUCAUGGCUGCGUACGCUGUAGGGGCCGUGGGAGGCGUGUGCGCCCUGGCGAAUGUCCUGGGUCAGCAGGUGUGUGAUCUAGCACAGCUGUGUGUUUCAGGACGCUGGGACGAGGCCAGAGAGCUCCAGUAUCGCCUCAUCGAACCCAACACAGCAGUAACUCGACAGUAUGGCGUUCCAGCUUUGAAACAAGCGAUGGAGUGGUUUGGAUAUCACGGUGGCGCGUGCCGGUCCCCUUUGCAGCCGCUAUCAACGGCAGAUUUAGCACGGCUUCGACUGACUUUCUCCUCCGACGGAUGGCUGUAGAAGUAUAGGGAGGGCAGCAGAAUCAAAGUGUUACAGUAAACCCAG